CUCUAUGGCGCAAGCCGUUUUGUGGUUAAGUUUCUACACAAUAACAAGUCAAUGAAUUAAUCCUUCAAUUAUUAAUAUGGAUUUCGCUAAAAGGCAGUUGGAAAAAUACGGUUGGAAAGAAGGACAAGGCCUUGGCAAAAAUGAAAAUGGCAUUACAAAACCAAUUAAAGCCAGUCUCAAAUUCGAUAACGCAGGUAUUGGACAUGAUCAUGGAGCAGAAUUCACCAACAAUUGGUGGGAAACUGUAUUCAACAAAGCUUCCCAAAAUAUAGAUGUAAAAGUUGACAAUGAUGGUGUCAACAUUAUACGAAAAUCUGAUCCUGUAGAAAUAACAACAAGAAAUUAUUCUAUCAAGAAAGAUGAUAGAAACAGCUUAUAUGGAUCAUUCUUGAAAACUUCUAAAUUAACCAGCGAAGGAAUUGAGGAUUAUAAUAGAACACCUGUUGAUGAAGAGCCUCCAAAAAAAAAAUUUGAAACAAUGACUGAUGAGGAGUUGUUUGCUGCAUGUGGCGGAAGAACGGCACACAAGGGUGCUAGGCAUGGUCUUACUCUAAGUGGAAAGCUAGCAAGAAUAGAAAAACAAGAAAAAAUGUUACUCAAAAAAAUGAAAGGAUGUUCUAUUGAUGAGGACAGUAAAAUUCUUAAAAAGAUGAGGAAACUCAAAUCACAUAAAGAAACAUUAGAAAAUGAGGAUACAAAUGAUAGUGUCGAGCCAUAUAGUGAUUCAUCUUGCAGUUCUGUGAAGAAAAAAAAGAAAAAAGGCAGAAAGAGUGUUUCCUUCAAUGACACUGUUUUUGAAUAUCAGAUACCAACUUCAGAGUGCGAUCCACCAAAUAUUGACAAUGAUCCUAACAUUGUUGGUGAUAAUGAAACAUUAAAUUCUGAUGAAGGAAUUGAAAAGGAUAUUGAAGAUAACAAAAAUCAAGAUGACGGUCAUAAAAGCUUUGAAGAACCACGAUUCAUAGUCAGUGAUUUAUCAAGUGUAGAGAAAAAGAAAUUGAAGAAAAAGAGGAAAUUGGAAGGUAAACAGAGGGCGACCAUGAAAUUCAUUCAAACAGUCCAAGAUGAAGACAUGGAAGAUGUUUCAUCUACUCAAGAGUGUAAAAAGAGGAAACUCAACCUUGCAGAUGCCAAAUUUUCUGAUUGUAAGAGGAGCCAGCCAGAAUUAGAAUCUUCAGAAAUAUCUAAUAAAAAACAAGAAAAGAAAAAGAAACAUAAGAAAAGUAAAAAAUCAGAGAAGAACAAGGGUACAGAAGAACAAAAAAUGAAGCAUAUAUCCAUGUCUUUGCAAAAUGUCUGUAGAAUAUCAGAAGAAGAAUAAAUUUGAAAAAAAAAUUAUUACUAAUUAUCGUGUUUGAACUAGAGAUAAAUAGCACUUGCUCUGAAUAUUUUGAAAUCGGUAUCAAAACUUUUGAGCUGUAUUAGAUACUGAUCUGUUAUCACCUAAAUUCUUCGCUGUUUGAAGCUAUAUUAUGUGAUACAAUAUACAAUAAUUCAUUCUUUUGCAGUUGUUCAUUGAAUAUGCUUUAAUAUUCUGCUGAAAAGGAUGAUACUUAGUUCAGUUUAUUUAGUUCUGUUGUUGGUUUCAUAUUCGAUUUGUAAAAGUUAAUUAUUCUUGUAAAUAUAAUCUGGAUUUAUUAUUGAUUAUCCUAUGAAUAUUAUGAAGAUAUUUAAUAAAAAAUAAAAUUACAACAGGUUGUGUAAAAUUCGAAA